GGGCGGGCGCCCGCCCGGGAGGGGACACGCGGGGCUAGCGGCGGCCGUGGCGGCGUCCGGUCGCGCGGGCUGGAGCGGCGGCGGGCGUGGAGAGGAAAUGGUGCUUCCAAUGGCUGGAUUUAUUUGUCUCUUCUUGGCAAUUCACAGGAUGUCACCAUACCUGGCUGCUAUGUACUGAUGUGUACCUCUUCAGGGAGUGGGUGUGUCAUGGUGCCAAAGACCAACCAGAAUCCCACCUACCACAACUGCAUUUAAACAGAUUUGGAAGCCUCUUCCCAUGGGUGGGAUAUCCCACCACUUUCACCGAUGCCACAUUUACUGACUACUUGAUUAGGAGAAAGCACAGAAGAUAGCAGGAAUUGUUAUCCCCACUAGGAAACAAUCAGAGUGGGGUCCCAGACUGCACGUGCCCUUUGGGUUGCUGGGGCAGUGCCAGGGAAAGGGGGUUCAUGCCCGGGGGCGAUGCAGUCAGACGACCUCUUUGUUCGCAAGAUCCGACGCCACUCGAACCGCCCACAUCUCACCUCCCUCUCAUUUGACGCCUUCCGGGCCCCCAAGACUCCAGCGGGUGAGGGCCCCCUAGUGGGGCACUGUGGCCCUCCCUUGAGGUCCCCACGGCGCAGCUAUCUGAUGCAUCGAAGUAAUAGUGACGUGACAUUGAGCGAGGGGGAACAGGCGGCUGCCCCGUCUUCUGGUCCCUCCUUGCCAUCAGACCCGACUGGGAUUCCCCACAACAGCAGUGGCCCGAAUUCAUUCACAAAGACUGCAGUGCCCCCUCGGGCCCGGGCACACAGCCAUGAAGAGCCACGGGCUGGCAGCCCCACUGCACGGCGCUUCCGUGACCCCCUGCUCCUUCUAGGACUAGCAGCCAAUGAGGUGUGGGAGACGGAGGGAGAUGGUGUCCCUGCUGGUCCUGGAGAUGGGGGCAGCCCACAUCCUGUGCCCUCUGAGGUCCCCACACCAGUUUGGGGCCGCCACUUGGCCCACUACGAUGUUCAGAGCAUCCUGUUUGAGCCUGGAGAGGUGGCCAGAGAAGUCGAGAAGCAGGGUAACGUCACCACAGGAGCAUCGGCCGCUUCACAGCCUCGUCUGGCAGGCAUGGUGCCCCCACUGGAGGGUGAAGUGGGUGAGGAAAAGGAUGGACCUUUGGUGCUCAGCUGUCCCUACUUCCGUGUGGAAGCUGGGGGUGAGACUGAGUGGGGGCUAGGCCAACACCGGGGGUCUCUGGCAGGCUUCCAUUGCCCCAAUAUGGCUGUUUCUGUGCUGGAGGAACCCCGUGAAAGCUACGGACAGAGGACCAGUCGGGCAGGCCACGCUAUCGAAUACGCAGAUCUAGGAGCCUGCUACUAUCGGAAGCAUUUCUUCGGCAAAGAGCACCAGAAUUUCUUUGGGAUAGAUGACCAGCUGGGAGCGGUGGCUGUGUCCCUGCGGCGUGAGGAGAAAGAAGGCAGCACGGGCCCUCAGUACAAUUACCGCCUUAUCAUCCGCACAAGCCAGCUCCGGACCCUGCGAGGAUCUAUUCUGGAGGAAGUGCUGCCCCUUGCCAUUCGCCACAGCUCCCCCCGAGGCGUUGCCCCCAAGAAGCUGCUGGAGCACUUGAUCCCGGAGCUCAACUUGCCGUGCCUCCGCUUGGCCUCCAGUUCCCCCAAAGUGCCAGAGACCUUAAUCAAGCUGGAUGAACAAGGGCUUAGUUUCCACCGGAAAGUGGGGGUCUUGUACUGCCUGGCAGGCCAGGGCUCUGAAGAGGAAAUGUAUAACAACGAAGAGGCAGGACCAGCUUUCCAGGAGUUCUUGCAACUGCUCGGAGAUCAUGUACGCCUGCGCGGCUUUGACAAAUAUCGUGCCCAGCUAGACACCAAGACUGAUUCUACAGGGACACAUUCCCUUUACACUGUGUACCAGGACUACGAGAUCAUGUUCCAUGUCUCCACCAUGCUGCCCUACACGCCAAACAACCGCCAGCAACUGCUGCGAAAACGCCACAUCGGGAAUGAUAUUGUGACAAUCGUUUUCCAGGAGCCGGGGGCGCUCCCCUUCACUCCCCGCGUGAUCCGCUCUCACUUCCAGCACGUAUUCAUUGUGGUGCGGGUGCAUGAGCCUUCCACAGAGCACACUACCUACAGCGUUGCUGUCAGCUGUACCAAGGACAUCCCGCCAUUUGGUCCCUUCAUUCCAGCCGAGAAUUGCUUUGUGAAGGGCCCAGCUUUCCGGGACUUCCUGCUCGCCAAGGCUAUCAAUGCAGAAAAUGCUGCUGAACGCUCAGGGAAGUUCCAUGCAAUGGCGACUCGUACCCGCCAGGAGUAUCUGCGUGACCUGGCCCUCAACCACGCCACCACCAGCACCCUGGAGGCCUCUUCAUCCCGCCUCGCACUCAUCGCUUUGGCUUCUAAGAAGCGCGAGAAGGCCAAGAACACAAAGGGGGCAGAGGCCCACAGUGCAGGGGCUUUGGUGUGGGGUGUGUGGGCAAGGGAUGGCAGUAGAGGGCCGGAGUGCAAGACCCCUGAGCUCCGGUGCCUGCUGGGUAUCUCGGCUGAGUUUUUAGUCCUCAUUGAUGCCCGUGAGAAGAGGGUGGUGUUCAACUGCUCCUGCCGGGACAUCUUGGCUUGGACCUUCUCAGAAAGCUGCACUUUGGACCUCUAUUACGAGACAGGGGACUACAUUUGCAUGCGUGUGGACGAGGGGCAGGCGGCAGACAUCAAGGACAUUGUCCACCGGCUGCAGCUGGUGACCCGAGGGUGUGAGACACGGGAGCUAACCCUGCUUCGGAAUGGAGUUGGCCAGCUGGGAUUCCAGAUGGACCCGGAGGGUUUCGUGACCGAGGUGGAGCGCUUCACCUUUGCUGAGAAAGCCGGUCUUCAGCCCGGAGCACGCCUGGUCCGUGUCUGCGAGAGGGCUCUGCCCAGCCUCAGCCACAGCCAAACCUCUGAGCUUCUUCGCACUGCCAAGAAGGUUACCAUCACGGUCGUUCCCCCGGAUGAAAAUGGGAAGCCCAGGAGGAGUUUCUCGGAACUCUACCAGAAAUCCUUGCAAGAGAAAAGGAGGAGUGAACCGCCAGCCGGGGAGGCAGAACUGACCAGGCCAGGGAGUGAAGCCGGGUUCAAGCCAGCCACAGUUCAGGUCCUCCACUCGCUGUCCCUGCAGGACGGGCCCCCUCACAGCCUGACAGAGGAGAGGACUGAGUUUCUUCGGAGUCACAGUGAUGGAGCGCCCUUGCCCUCAAACCCGGUACCAUCUCAGGACACCCCUGUCCUCCCUAGUCCCCCUCCUGACCUAAUCUUGGCUGCCACACCUAAAGUCCCUCCAGACCAGGGGACUGACCAUCCUGGAGAUCCUGUUGCAAACAAGAAAGGUUCCAUCACGAGUCAAGAGGUCAGAGGUUCCCGGACUCUUCCCCGUGGGGAGAGGGCAUCUUCCCCCUCUGAGCCCAGCGAAACAGAGAAGUUCCUGCCACGCACACUUUCCCUCAGGAACUCCAUCACCAAAAUCCUUUCUGAAGCUGGCGAUUCCCUGGAGGACGAGUGGGAGUCCAUUGCUAAUCUGGCAUCUGCUUGCAACAGCAUCUUGGAAGCUCUCUCCAGGGAAGGACAACACGUGCUGGAGAGCAGGGAAUCUUUGUGUACGGCCGUCCAGAGGGGCACCGCUCCGCAGCAACCCACUGAGGAAUCACAGCAAGCUCUCAGCCUCGCAGACAAGGUCCUGCAUUUGGAAUCCACGCUCAAGAAACUACAGGAUGAUCUUCAGAGGGAGAAAGCCGAAAAGGCGGCAUUGCAGGCGGAAGUGCAGAGCCUCCAAGAGAACACGCAGCGCCUGAAAGAGGCAUCGGAGACGGCGGCGGCUCAGCUCAGCCAAGUCACGCAGAUGCUGGGGGGGCCUCCCACGCCCCCCCACUGUCCCUGAGGCCUUGAGUCAUCCCUCACACCUUUUGUUCCUAGAAGCAGAGGGUGGGGGCACAUCCUGCCUCUCUCUCUCUCUCUCUCUCUCUCUCUCUUUCUUUCCCCCCAUAUGUACUGGAGGCACAACAGAGACUUGGCCGGUCUGUGUGAUACUGGCUCCCAAUUCUUCCCUCCCCAUCCCACCCUGUAGCUUCAGGCCCCUCCUUGUGUUGGCUCAUGAUCUGUGUCCAGGGGAUACACUUUUGAGCUGCUCUCGCCACUGGUUUGGAGGGACUGCGCAUUUUAGGAAGGGAGGGGGAGGCAGAAAAGCAGGAUCAAUGCUAGGGUUGCCAGCUCUGGGUUGGGAAACACCUGGAGGUUUAGGGGUAGAGCGUGAGGAGGGCAGGGUUUGGGGGGGGCAUAGCGCCACAGAGUCUAGCUUGCAAAGUGGCCAUUUUCUCCUGGGGCAUUGAUCUCUGUCCCCUGGAAAUCAGUUGCGAUAGUGGGAGCUCUCCAGCCGCUACCUGGAGGUUGGUAACCCCACUCAACCCAUGUAGCAAACCUGCCCAGCGCUUCCCCUUCUGGAGCAGCCACUCGCCUUCCUGUUGACUUGAGUACCAGCCGGUCACUUCCGUUUGUAGGUGUGCAACCUGCCAACCAGUGACAGGUUUUUACCGGGUUGUGACUUCAGACCCAGGAAGUCUCUCUGACUAUAACCACUAGCCUCUCUGGAAAUGCCCCAACUGUGGGCCCAUUGGCGGAUAAUUCACCAGGCAAUAACUGCAGACCACCUCUGGGGGGGGGGGGUAGGGGAGAGCGUCCCAGACCUGUGUUAAUUUACCCUCCGUCCGGGGAGCUGAACAAGCCUUGAGAUUCUCUUCCUGCUUCCCCUUCCUUCCUCCGUCCUCCUCUCGAAUUCCAGCACUGAUUCGGGCUGCUUUGGGUCCCACCUCUAAAGCAAUUUUGGGGGGCGGGGGUGGCACCAGCCAGCAUGUUCAUUAACUGUGAAAUUAUUUGAAAGCUGUGACAGAACCCGCCCUCUUCCUGGCCCUUAUUUCUGCCUCUUCUCAGCUCUCUCCCAUAGCCUUGGACUCUUCCUGGGGUGGAGGCAUUUGACCCAGCCAGCCGGUUGCCUCCCCCAGCGGUGCUAUCCAUUAAUGACUUUCCCUAUCUGCUCCCCACCCUCCGUCCUCUGAGCCAGGCCUUGCCCUGCCUGGGGAUGCAGGAAAGAUUGGGGAGUGGUCCCUCUUCCCCCUCCCUCGUUCAAUCAUGGUCUUUGUGUUGUGUAAAUAUUUGCUUUUCCAGAGAGUAUGUCUGUCCGGUCUGUCUUUCUGUUUGUCUUUCUUCUCAAGGGACCAAGGUUAAGGGAGGGAUGGGGUGGGAGAAGAGAAUCCAUUGUCCGUUCGUCUCCCCCUCCCCGACCUCUUCAGCCUCCCGUCUGUAUCGGAACUGAAUGUACAGAACGCGGCACCCCUACUUGUGCAAUAAAGACAUGGUCUGCAUCUA